AUGUCGACGCGCCAACUUGAGAAAUCUAGCAGUGAUCCAGCGGAAGAACUGGUGAUGAACCCUAGAGGAAUACCAAAAGUUCAAUUUGUUGAAAAUGUUGACGAUUUCAUGUCUAAAGCAUCUUUCGAGGCUACCUUGGGUAAAUUUCAAGAAACCGUAGCCAAGUACAAAUUUAUGGAAUUCAAUUAUAUGAACCGAAAGAAAGGCCUUGAAACUAGAAUACCAGAAAUUAAAAAAACUUUAACAGUCGUGGAAUUUUUGAUAUCAAUGCAGGAUUCUGAUGAAUCGAUAGAGACUACUUUCGAGCUGAAUGAUACUUUGUGGGCCGCUGCUAAAGUCAAGUCGACAAAAACCGUCUAUUUAUGGCUUGGGGCUAAUGUAAUGCUGGAAUAUGAAUUGCAAGAAGCAAAGGAACUUCUUGAAACAAAAUUGUCAACUGCCCAGAGUACACUUGAUUUUGUUAUAGAAGAUUUAGAAUUUAUGAGAGAGCAGAUUACCACAAUGGAAGUUAACAUUGCACGUGUCUAUAAUUGGGACGUUAAGAGGCGAAGACACUCCAAAACUGAUCAAUCUGAGGAAAAGAGUUAA